AAGGCGGGAUAAUGGCGUUGGUUGCGCUUAUGUCUGUUUGAUUUCAUCGAGCGCUGUUCGGAAAACGGCAGAAUGUUGCGCCCUUCUGGCUAUUUCUAUAACGUUGAAUGUCCUUUCACUCCUGGGCAGGAAUCAUUUGGAUGUUCUCGUCCUCACUGCCAGUUCCGACAUGUAUGUCCUGUGGGGGACGGAGAUGGAACACAGAGCGACAGUGACGAGACCGUCUUAACACCUGCCCCAGCCGCCGAGACUCCCAAAGAAGCCCUGGGUAAGAAUAAAGAGGAGCUUGAAAGAAUUAAUAAAGCAAUAGAAGCUGUAAAGAAUGAAGUAGAAGAAAAACAGAAGAAGCUACUGCUGUACAAAAGUGGAAUACAUAGCACACCGAAAAGCACCACACUACUGACAGAUAGCAACAGCAAUAUAUCAAGCAGCCUAGAUAUGCAAGAGGUUGCAGAUGUACAAAGUAAUGUUCCUCGUAACAUUUCAAAGAACAACCCUAACUUUAAGCAUUGCAAAAAAUAUGUAAUUGACCGGCGCUGUCCAGCUACUGAUUUGGAGUAUGACCCACUACUCAAUUACUCUGCUGGUUUAUUUGGAGGAAUUGCAAAAGAGGGUGGGGCUUGUAAAUCAAAACUUCCCCAUGAUGAUGACUUGGAAGCCGCCCCUUGCAAAAAACUGAGAGCAGCAUCUCCGAUAAGACUGGAGAUUAAACUUCAAGCAUCAGAUGAUGAAGAUAUACUUGUAAUAGAUGAGCCUCCUUUAGAGGCCAACACCGAAAAGCAAGACACAAGUAAAUGUAAUUCUACUGAUGAUGAUAAGUCUAUGCUGUUUUGUGACAGCAUUGUAGAAAACGCGGCUCAAAUGGCUUCUGCAAAUACUGAGAAAGGUGACGUUUCUCUACCAGAUACUGCAAAACACGCUAAAAGGGAAACUGAAACAAAAGCUUUAAACGUUGCUGAAACAUGUGUAAUGCAGAGUGAAAAUAUUAAUACAGAUGAUAAAAAACUUCCCUGUGCAACUCCAAAAGUAGUAUAUUCCUAUUUACCUAUUCAAACAGAAAAGUGUGAACCAAAACAUUCCCCCUCUUCCGAAUGCUCUAAAGAGAAUCAAAAGCAACUGCAUUUAGAGGGCAUAAUGUCGGCAUCUAAUCAGAAUGACUUUUGCUGUAAGUUGGAUGAAAAGCCCUUGAUGGAAAAUAAAAAUGUCUUUGGGACAUUUGGGGGGUCAGGUGGUAUUGACUGCAUGCAAGCAAGUCUUCCUACUAUUGAACAAUCUUCUACAGUAAUCGAAUUAAGUGCUAAACCUGAACAAAAAUGUCAACUGGAGAGUCCAUCACCAGGCACUGCAAAUGAUGUGAUUGUGUUAGAUUCAUCCUCUGAUGCCGUGGAUGGGUCUGAAGCUGAAACUGAUCUUUCAGAUUCUGAGGAUCCAAUGGAUGAAUGCCUCAGGAUUUUUAAUGAAUUUGCUGAAAAAGAAGCAACACAACAUUCAAAAGAGGUUGAUCUGGAUCACUCUGAAGAGUUCAUGACUGAAACUAAGCCAAAUGAUAUGGUUCCUACUCAAAAGAAAAGAAUUGCUCAUCCAUCUACUAAAAUCGAUGAUCUUUGCUUUCUCAAACUGCAGACAAAACCAAGCAACAGCAUUCUAGUUCCUUAUCGUGGACCUGCUCAACAGCAGAUACAUCAUGCAAGGAUAUUGAAUGUUCACCAACAAGCUGUUCAAAUAACAGCAGCAGUUAAAAGUGGCCAGGCCUUUGUAGCUUCUACACAAAAGAGAAUCACUGGCUGCAUAACUCCAGCUUUUAACAACCUUGGACAAAUGGUUUGUGUUAAUUUAGUUGAAGUCCAGCCAAUCUUGUCAAGCAGAAGUCAAUUUACUGGUUUCCUUCAAGGGAACAAACUUGGCACUUCGACCCUUAUGAAUGUUCCUCAAAAAAGAACCAUACAGACUAUCCCUAUAAAGGCCACUAACCGCAGGAAGCCUUCGGUUGGAUCAGAAUCUUGUUCUAAAGUGCCGCAUGAAACAAGGCAACGCUAUGUCAACUCUUUUGUUGAGGAAUUCUUAAAAGUGUCUGCGACUGUUCAAGAGGCAUUUGACAAGGCCUUGGCAGAGGAAAAAGCUAUAUAUGAUCGUUGUGGAAGUCGAAACAUGUAUCUUAGCAUAGCAGUGAACAGCCUGAAGAAGCUGAGAGACCAGCGAAGUGUUCCAGGUGGUUCAAAGCAGCCAAAAACCAAAGUUCAUGCAUCUGGAUUGAGGAAACAAGAUGACAAAAAAGAUUUUGGAGGAACUGACCUUUACAAUCUCCUCAAAGAAUAUGUACUGUCUGAUGAACAACUAAAAGACAAUGGAUUUCCCCAGCCAAAUCCAGAGAAACCUGGUAGUGCUUUAUUGCACAAUGCAGUAACAAAGUCUAUAGGUACCGAUGCUCUGAGGAGAGUUUGCUGUCGAUGUGGAGAAACCUAUUCCGUAACACAGCAAGGAAAACACGUGCGUAAGGAGGAGUGCAAUUACCACUCUGGAAAGGUAUUACGGCACAAAGUUCCAGGUGGUAUAGAAACGCGCUACAGUUGUUGUGAAGCCGUGGUGGGAACUCCUGGUUGCCAGAUGGCAAAGCUUCAUGUUCAUGAUGGGCAAAAGGAGAAUCUUGAUGGUUUUAUAAAAACUUUUAUAAAACUGCCACCUUCAGUUGGAAAUCCUGGAGUUUUCUCAGUGGACUGUGAAAUGUGCUAUACAAUACAAGGCUUGGAACUAACAAGAGUCUCUGUGGUUGAUCCCAGCUUGCAAGUGGUAUAUGAUACAUUUGUGAAACCAGAUAAUGAAAUUAUUGACUACAACACCAAAUUUUCUGGUGUUACUGAGGAUAAUUUGAAGAAUGUGUCCACAUCAAUUCUGGAUGUACAGGCUGUUAUGCUCAACAUGUUCGCUGCCGAUACAAUAUUGAUUGGGCAUAGCUUAGAAAAUGACCUUUUAGCUCUAAAGCUCAUUCAUGACACUGUUGUUGAUACCUCCGUAGUAUUUCCUCAUCGGUUAGGUCUACCCCAUAAAAGAGCACUCCGAAAUUUAAUGGCUGACUAUCUUAGACGCAUUAUUCAGGAUAAUGUUGCCGGACAUGAUUCUACUGAAGAUGCUACAGCCUGCAUGGAAUUGAUUAUUUGGAAAGUAAAAGAAGAUACCAAAGGGAAAAGAUGAACUCAAAUGUUUUGCUUCUGCACUUGUCAAAUUUGUAUUCAAAUGUCAUUGGUCUGUUGUGUGAAAGCUGCACUAGCUUAUCUAUGUAUCUAUAUUUUUUUUUGUGUGUAUCUGUGAUUAUUAGUUUUUGAUCCUAUUCCUGUUUUCUUAUGCUUGUAGAUUAUUUUGCUUGUGUAAGUGCCAAGUGUAGAGCAAUCCUAUGUUGGCUUUUGUUUUCCCCUUUAUUGUAAAUUUUUGGCAUAAUGCUCUGGUCUGCGUAAAAUGAAUGGGUGAUUUAUUCUUGCCUUUCUCAUGGAGCUACACUUUGGUUAGGUACAUUUGAGUGUAAUAGGCUAUUUGUAUAAUUAACAUUAUUUUGUUCUGUGUCAUGUGCAGGAAAUCUAGUCUUGCUUGUCACUCUAUGAUACCUGAGUACCUGCACUUUGCUGCUCAGCUACACCUGAACAAAGCCUCCAAUUCUGCUUUAUCACCUCACUGAAGCUUCAGUACAAAUAUGCAGCCUUAGUAAAAGGGUGAAAGUGCUACAUGAAACUGUUUAAUGCCUCAGAAAGCAAUAAUAUGGCUGCACUUAUUGUCUGGUUUUUUUUUCCCCCUAAAAUUUUCAUAGUAUGAAAACUAUGAAAUAUAACAGUUGAAAGGCAACUUGGGGCUGUGGUCUCAUACUAUUCUAAUUUUCUGAAAUGAUCCUAUCCUUUACGUGUCUAUGGUGAGAGGCAGCAGCCAUGUGUUCGGAACCAUUUGACAUGGAAAAUGUAUUAAAAAAAGGUUUUUGGCUAAAAGAUGAAGGCAGAGGAAAGACGCUGGUAAUUGCAGCAGCCACAUUUCUGUGGCUUGUCCAUGAAAUGUACCUUAGAGAAACAAUUUUGUAAACCUCUUCUUGGCAAAUAGAGAUUUUGGGAACAGCUAAUGCAGGAAUCAAAAUUAAAUUGAAUAUUUUUGUUGUGA